AUGGACGGAGCCCACGGCUUCUUCUGCACGGCCGGCUUCUCGUCUGACAAGGAUUCAUUACCAGAUAAUGCUACACGUAGUAAAUCUGUGAGCGUCGGCACGCGACUCCGCCAGAAAUCUACCGUUGGGGUCGCCGCGCCUGAGGAUUUCUUCGCAUCGCUCGGUGUGGACACCACGUCACACGACCGCACGGGAAGCAGUGCUAGCACCGAUAGCAAUCAAAACUACAACAGUAUGGUCAUGCGUCGUUCGUCCGCCUCAGGUGUAGGAUCUUCCACGCCAACGUCUUCGUCAUCUGCAUGGAGACGUUCUCCUAUUGGUGGUUUGAGGGCGACGGCGAUUCCACCGCUCAUGCCCUUAGUUGGAUCGUUAAGCGUCUCGAGAGUUAACAGUAGUAUGAUAACCACUACUACUGCGAGUACUGCGACGACGAACGUUGGUUGCGAGGGACUAAAUGGGUCUGGUUUUAGAUUAGGGGUUGCUACUGCAGCCCCCGUUGCUACUGCCAAGACGAAUGCAGGAUCGACGCAGCUAUUUACGAUGGAAGAUGCUGAGGAUCUGUACAGCAAUGAUGGAUGGAAUUGUGACUCGCCCUCGACUGUGCUCUUGAAUUCAAUGGAUGAGACGGAAACAACGUCAACGGCGGUCCCAGUACUUGCAGUGGCGAAAACACCGGAAGAUGAAGUUGCGUGGGAUGAUGCUGAUGAUGCUUUUGCGUCGUCAGUUGCGAAGGCGACAAUGAUGUCGCCGAAUGCGUAUAAAACAUCUGCUAGUGAUACUUUUAAGACGAAGGUGGAGUUUAUGAUACACCAAGCUUCACCUGAAUUAUCUGCGGAUCAUAAGUUUGCUACGAAGAGUUGCGCUUCUACGCAAAUGUCAUCUCACGAAACGAAGUCGCGACAAACACAGUCUGUGUCGGCAGUUUUGCCGCCUCCAACUGCCGUGUCGUCGACUUCAUGCUCUUCUAUAGUGACAAAUAGCACGUUUGAGAGAACGGGUCAUUUUACCUCGCCAGUGUCAGUUUAUGAUGCAAGAUCAGCGCCGAGACGAACUCAGUUUGAAUAUACGCGACCACCAGCACCGUCUCCAGAUGCUCCCUCAAGUUUUUUAUCAUCCAAAUCAACCCAUAACAUAUUUGAGACAACGAAUUGCAAAGCGCAUCCCCAAGCAGCCUUAUGUGAUGAGACCUUUGUUUCUCGUAGGCCGCACGAGCAGGAUGAGCUAUGGGAUGAGGACUUACACCAGCAGAAGCCUGCGGACACUGGAUCUGAGACGAUAGCUGCAGAUGAUACAACCACUGCUCGCGCGACAGCUGUUACAACAAUGAAAGAAAUUUGGACAGAUACUUUUGUGACUCCUCCUGUAGAGAUCACUAGUCCCGGUGGCGAUGCUGGUAAAUUUUGGGGAGAUGUUGAUGAAGAUGAGCUUUUUGAUCACGAUGAACAUGCCACCGAAGUGUGGGACGAAUCAACGAAAGAUCUGACAAGUGAACCAAAAAGCCUGGCUUUGAGCUCCAGUCACAAAGAGAGUCAUGUCAAAUCGACUACGCACGCUUCUUCCAGUCAAAGUACCUCCAUUUCGAUCCCAUAUCAACCACCACCCCUCAAAGCGUCAACCAAUGUGGAGGAAUCAAAUUUUUUGGUACAAGAGGGUGUAAGCGCAUCUAACUAUUUUCUUUCUAGACAAUCAGAAAAGGUUAAGAUGUUUAGCCAGGAAGAACUGAUUGACCAAUUGCCAGAUGCUAAGAUGUCCCCAAUGGCCUCUUCAAUUGAGCCAAGUCUAGUGACACCUUCAACGAUGCAUAAUGCGGUGACGCCCUCGCAUUUGGUCGAGAGCACCGCAAGGGUGAAAGAGAAAACUUUGUUACGCACCGAAUGCUCACCGUUUUCGAGUGCUUUUGCUGAGUCAAGUGGUCAAGAGAAUGAUCCGAAUGAAUCUCUGAAAGCGCCACGUAGUGCUCGUUCUCUUCAUACCCCGACUGGAACAGGUGGCCCAUUUGGACGUGUACAUUCGCCUCAGGGCAAUGACAGCUCAUUUCUUUCAGAAGGAUUAUCUGGAACUGACGUAAACGAAGCUGGUCAUGACUCGAUAGUAUUUGAAAGCGGAGAAAAAAGUGAGGCUUCAGACUCAUACACGGAAUCGAGCGUGAGAUGGGAUCCACUUUUAUUUCAUGACGGUGGGCACGUCCGCAUGUCCUCUGGAGAGCAGGCGAAUGAUGAUCAGAUUCGUCACAACACUCAUCACGGGCCGAGCAACGAAGAAGAACGGGAUUCUGUUGUAGCUUUUUUAGGUGAAGACUCAUUUUUUCCGUCGACCGGGCGGCCUUCCUCGUUGUAUGGCGGAUCACAGUCCUCGUUUGCGAGUCAUCGCAUGUAUCAAUCAUCGGUCGCCAGCACAGACCACGAAGGAAGUUCAAUCGCAUCAUUUGGAGUAUCUUCCGCGGGUGCAACGUUCGGCGGUUCGGAACGUGUCAGUGAGGGUGGUGCUUUUUCAGACGGCACCGUUUCGGAAUCGCCAAGCAUGGUGGAUUCAUCCAAUGCUAGCACAGCUUUUGGCACGGAUUUUCCGUCUGUAAGUGAAGGGCAGUUUUCGGCUCCUGGAACGACAAUCGGUGGUUCCGACAACGCUAGUGACGGAGGUUUUUCGGACGAUAAUGCAUCUGAGACAAUAAGCAUGUGUGGAUCUGUAAACACAAAUCCACGAUUUUUGUCGGAAUUUGGUUCCUCGGGUGGCCCUUGCGUGAUGGCGACGGUUGCGCCGUGCGACAUGCCGGAGCCGUUUACAUUAUCUACGCCAGAUUCUGACAAAUCUGUCGCGGCGACUGAAGAAUCUGCACCUGUAUUGGCAGCGCCAAUCUUUGAUAGCAACGAUGCCUCCUCUGACGCAAGUCCGUUUGCGAGUUCGUUAAGUACUUUCCCACCUUCGCAACAUUCGUCUACUGUUUCGCCUGCGUUGGCGGAUUCUAGCAUCGACCAAUCCGAAGGCGCUGUCCAAGAAGACAACGUUCAGAGUGCUGCUUCUCUGUUUGGCGUCACGACUGGUUCUGAUGUUCAGAACCCAUUUGACUCGUUUAGGGUACCACCCGCUGUAACGGAAGCGAAGAUCAUUGAUGAGCACGAACUUCCAACUAUAGAUGCUGGAGACCUUUUUGGCUCACAACCUUCUUCUAGUGGUUUUGAAAACUCGUUUGCUCGUCCGACACAGAAUUUGUAUAGCUCGAGUUAUCAACCGCACGACCAGGGCUACAAACAAGCUAGGACUGGAUCCAAUUUUGCCGCCCAGACAUCGACAUUAUUCCCUGUGCAAGGCCGAUUAUCGUUUCCAAAUUCCAAUGAUCGAUCAGCAGAAGGUGGAUCUUUUUUAAGCACUUUCCGAUCUCAACAUUCUAGCAACUAUAAUCGUGCUGAUCCGUUUGCCUCGCAAGGUGCACGGCAUUGUUUUGAUAACUCUGCACCGUCUGCUGCAGCCGUGUUCGACAAUGGUGGAAACGAUGACAAGCCAAGCGUCACACGUGGUGUUUCCUCAUACCUUGGUGGAGAUAUACAGGCUCCAGUGAAUGCUUUAUCAGAUCGAUCGAUAAACACUGGUGCGGCUGCAGCGGGUCAUUUCGGACAGCAAUUCAAAAUUGCUAACGCUUCGCAUGGCGGUAGUCAGAGUUACAACCAUUAUGGCCUCAGUGUCACAACAGCUUAUCCGGAACGACCUUUGAUGGUUGUUUCCAACCAUGCGCAUCAAUCGGGCGCUUAUGCAGAAACCAACACGUUUUGUGCCCAAUCUCACGGACAGAUCAAUGAUGUUGCAGCGGACGAAUGUACAAAAAUUUCCGGAGGGUUUGAAUCUUCCAGCUGUCAACCAUCAGCAACUUCGUUUACGAGCAACACGGCUUUGCGUCAUGCCGAUGGAUUUGGCAGACAGAACCACCCCGGCAGAACGUCCGACACCUACAGCCAUCAAUCUACGAACCCAGCAUUUUCUGGCACUAGCCGAGCUCAACAGUCCUAUGGUAGUCAGCAGAUUGGGCAGAGAUCGACAGUUGGAACUGCAAACAUCUACAGCCGCCACCGCUCCACAGCGAAAGACAUUGAGAGGGCUAGUUCAGCCCAGUCUUCAUACUCUAAACUGCAGGAUAACAGCUACUUGAGCAGUGGCAAAACUACUGUCCAUGGUCCAGUCGAAGGUCUUGGCGACCAUUUACGGUCAUCGUCAAGUGCAUCAACUGAUGCAUUCUUUGGCCGGUCGCCCUCUGCGGCUGAUCCGAUAUCAUCAGCGUCCGACGCUGGUGGUGAGCGUGUAAUGGCUCCAUCAGCAACGUCAAUUCGGCAGCAGCCGCCAGUGUUGACUCAUCCCCAGCCGUCAUUUUUACGGAGUGGAAGCAAUGCAUCGUCUAAUCCGGAGCAACAAGGUACCCAUUUACCAGUAGAUCCGACUGAGAUGCGACCUUCGGUGCAAUUGCAUGACUUAAAUGCGUCGUACAGAUUAAAUGGAGAUGCCAAUUUGUCGCGCUAUGGAUCUAGCUCCCCCAUGAGUCGAUACGGGAAUGACACAACUCUCCAGCCUCAUCUUAACUUACAACAAUCGGAGGGUAGCACGUCUGCGCAUCCAUCGGCUGGAGCGAGUUUUAGUUUUGGUGUGGCACCUUCCGUGACUAGUAGGGAAAUGUCGUCGGGUUUUGGUAGCACGAAGUUUCAGGAUUCGUCAAAAACAUUGACAUCAUAUCCUCAAGCGUCAACGUCUAGUGAUUGCAGUGUGCAGACAGUUCCCGGGUCUGCGCGUCAGGAGCAAGAUUCCUUGCAAGAGUGGGGUCACCGUGAAACCAGUGACAAAGACUUUGCAGCGAAUUCAGCAACGUUUCCGGUGUCGCAGAUUGAUGCAAUUUCAAGGUCUGAUAUGGAAUCGUUAACCGGGAUAUCGCUUGCACGAAGUAAAAGCUUACAGCAGCACGAAGCGAAUUGUACUGUUGGGUCACCGGUGGUUUCCUCCAAGAUCGACUCACACACUGUCUCUACCGUUUCUACAAUUGCGAGUGCAAAGGAUGUACACUACCCUGACGGGUUUUUGGAUUCAGGCUCCAACGCUUUUAGUGAGACAUCACGCAAUUUCUUUUCGUCGUCAGCAGCACCACAAGCAACCGCAUCGAUGUCGUAUCGACUCAAGCACAAGGGAUGUGACCAGGAGCAGCUACAGCAUCAAGAUAGCGAUGAUGCAGCUUCCUCGCUGCAGUUUGCAAACUCGACACUUUCGUAUGAUAGUGGUCUGCAUACAUCUGGAGGGCGUUCAGGUAGUUACUUUGACUCACGCGUGCCGGGAGCUAGUGCUGCAAGCAGUGCUAGCCACUCACAGCAGCAGCCAGAACAACCGCAACAGUUCGAGGUGCGUCAUGCCGUCAGAGAAUACGAUUAUCGAGGUGGCAUUGCUCAAAGGCAACCACAAGGGGCAAGCCAGAGUGCUGCGGGCGAAUAUGAAUACGGAGUUGCUACAAGGUACGAGGGCUAUGGGCAAAAGAGCACACCUCAAAUGUCCCCCGCCGCUCCGCAUUCGGUGUUAAAAACGAGUAACAAAUACAAGGAUCCAUGCGUUGCUCCGCCAUCAUGCCUAGCCUCAUUUGGUUUUGGUGGUAACGUGGUAACGAUGUUUCCCACGAGGAAAUUGCAAUCAAACGCUGCUGGAAGCAGCUUUCACAAUAGCUUUCAGGGUGCUGCAGCGUUUGAUAAUCGUGAUGGCGGCGUGCUGUGUAAGGGACCAGUGAAUGUGUUUUCUAUGGACCAGCUGCACCCGAAGGAUAAUGAAUUUGAACAAAUGGACAUAUUUCCGGGACCGCUGACGGAAGAUGUCUCCGGCGAGACAAUUUUGGAAUGCCUUGAUAAUUAUCUGAGACGGAGCGAGGUAUCUACUAGGGUUGAUGAAGAGAAUGAUCGUUUGUUGCUAGGCGUACUGCGUGUCUUGGUGAAAUGCAAUGGUAAGUUGCGUUCGGAUCCAGGAAUACUGAAUUCUAGUGAUCCUGAUUCGCCUGAGGCUCAACUUAUUGCGCUGCUGAGCGAGAGCAGUAAACGGCGGAACAAGAAUGAACGCUCGAUUAUUCCUCGACCUCGAAAGGCUCAGUCUACCACGCCACCAGAUCUUAUGUUGAAGCAUGCUAAUGAUCUUCGUGAGCUGCUCUUGGUUGGUGAUAGGAAGGGUGCAGUUUCUUCUGCUAUGACUGCGCAGAUGUGGCCAGAAGCAAUUCUGAUCGCAUCAUACACCGAUAAGGACGAGUACAGGCGAGUCUUGCGCACAUAUUUGGACGAGUAUUAUGCAACCGGCGACCCGUGUCGUGUGCUCUUCAUGUCAUUUGCGGAUCAACAGGAAAAGAGUGUGCAGGAGCCAAAGUGCCUUUUACAAGCCAAUGUCCAGCAGCCAGCAGGAUCUCUCAUCCUUUCCAAUUGGGUAUCCCACGCUCAGGUACUUCUCUCCAACCGGACUGCGGAUACCAACAAUAUUUUGACGGAGCUGGGCGAUCGAUUAUGGGGUGAAGUCAAUGCAGUAGCGGCAGCACAUACUUGCUACUUACUUGCAGGCAUUCAAGUUGACGCACCUACGCCAAGUUCAAAGCUGGCGCUAUUGGGAGGAGACCAUCGAACGCCUGCGGAAGCGCGUUCCUAUGUGUCACCUGCUGCAGUGCAGCGCACGGAAAUUUACGAGUGGGCCCAGAAGCAUGCGAAGGGUGCAUCUGCAAAUCUCAUGAUUCCUUUUCAGGGCUACAAACUCAUUUACGCGAUGCUUCUGGCUGAUCACGGGAAGCUGGACACGGCGUUUAAGUACGUGACGUCGAUGCUCGCGGUGAUUAAGGCGGUGACGGCAACGAUGAAGCCCGGGACGUCUAUGUAUUUGGACGGAAUGAAGAACCAGCUCACGGUCCUGGAUGAUCGUCUGCGUCAACACCUUGGCCAAGACCGUGUAGCCUCAGCAGCAGCAACCAGCCGCGAUGGAAGCCUCAAGCAAGGUGGCAAGUGGGGUCUUGGCAGCGCGCUGAGCAUAAUGGGCAAGAUCGUGACCCGUGUGGUGGAAGGCAACGAAGCAGGUGCUGCUCCUCGCGCAGGUCCUAGCGCGUCAUCACCGGGUGGUAUGUACGAGAUGACUGCUGAAAGCUACUCGAGUACCCCAUCUAUGGCUGCGUCAGCCUCGUCACCUACAUUGUCAUACCCGCAGCAGCAUGCUCAGCAAACCCCUCCAUCCAGUUUACAUGAACCUGCACCUAUGCCUGCCAGCUUUUAUGGCCACGCAACUCCACCUGCCUCUCAAAGUAAUGCGUCGGUUUUCCCAAACGACCGCAACAGAGCUUCUGUAACAUCUCCAGCGGGUCCCUACUCUAGGCCAGGUGUUGCCAUGUCAGGACCAUACUCGGGCAACGGACAUUUUGCUUCUCAACAACAGCAGUUAUCGGGUGCCAUCGAUCCGUGUUCAACCAGCGGACCGGGAUCCCAAAAGCAUGACACGGCACCACGGAUGCGCUCGCAGCACUCGAUUAAGCCCCCAGGUAGCAACCAUAGCACGCAGAGCAAUAGCAGCUUCGGUAUGGCUCCUCAUGGUGCUCCGCAGCGCUCUCCGCAACAUCAGCAGCAGCAGCAGUCUCCCCCAUCGCAGGUGGCACGGAAAUCAUUCUCGUUGGACAUGACGAGCGAUACAAGCUUUUCGAAUCAACUUAAAACAUUAAUUGCUGGCCCGGCCGCUAAGAUGGCUGCUUCACUUCCGCCUACAGGUUGUAGUAAUAUGGAUGGACCGGCGAGUGAUAAGGGCAAGGCUAGCCCCAUGUUUAAGGACACGAAGAAAUCUGGGCGCUCCAAGACGCCGCCACCCAGUGGUAGCGGAAAGGGCUCCGGAUGGCUGUCAGGUCUGUCAUCUUUUAUCGCCACUAAGAUGAACCCAGAAGUCAAGGUGGCCAAACUUGGUGAGCAAAUGGAGGCCUAUUUCGACGAGGAUGCGAAGCGCUGGGUGUUUCCAGGAGAGUCUGCUCCUGAGGAAACUGCAACGCCUAGCGCACCGCCCACUGGUCCUCUUCCUGACAGUGCUCCUGGAUCCAGUGCCACGGGUGUGCCGCCCGCAGGCACAAACUCAGCCCCAGGUUCAAUUAGCAGCGGUCCUGCGCCGAGCAAUGACCCAUUGGCAGCGCUUAUGGCCCCGCCUCCCUCUCGCAUGCUGAUGAAGAAAGACCCAUUGGCUGCUAUGAUGAUGCCACCUUCGCAUCCAGGUAUGCACGCUGUCCGUCGGGGUAACUCAACAGCUCUGCGCAAGCCCCCGCGGCCGCAGUGUGCAGUGUUCAAGCCUACCACCGGAUCCUUAGACGAGCAAAGCGGAUGA